CAUAGACUUCCAUUAAAAAAAAGUUAACAAAAAUUAUAAUCUCCAAAUUGCAUCUCCUUUGGCUUUGAUAGAGGAGUAGAGAGUAGAGAAGAAGAGAGUAAUUUGGUAGAGCAUCAAUGCAAUGCAAUCCCAUCCUAUGCUGAGAUAUUACACCACUAGAACUGCAGUAGCAGCUGCACUACUCCCUUUUUACGCCUUUAAACCCACCAUACUAACCCCCUUUUCUUCUUCUGCGCACCUCGCCGCCAUGAAACCCACCACCACCGUCACCGCACAACAACCCUCUCCUUCCGUGCCUCUCUCCUUCGCCGCCUCACCCAAAUGCUUCUCCGCCGCCGGUUCUUUCAACUCGGAACUCGCCGCUGUUGACUCUGUAGAGCCUGCUUCCCAGCUUGUCGUCGUCUCCUUUUACAAGUUCGCCGAUUUCCCUGACCACGCCGAUUUCCGCAACCCCAUCAAGCAGCUCUGUGAGGAAUUGCGUGUUUCAGGUGGUAUCAUUCUUGCACCAGAAGGAAUCAAUGGGAGCAUAUGUGGUAUCCGCAAAGCCGUAGAACGUGUUCUUGAAUUUAUUCAAUCAGAUGACCGUCUGAAGGGCCUAAGGCAGAUUGAGUCACCGGUGACUCCCGAAGAUGAAGAAAUACACCAUGGACAUACUAGCAAAUCUCCUGUUGGAGCCGGAGAAGACGCACCCUUUCGAUGGGAUCAUGUUAGGGUCAAGCUAAAGAAAGAGAUAGUGUCUCUUGGAAUGCCCAGUGUUUCUCCUACAGAGAGAGUUGGAACCUACAUUAGUCCUAAAGAGUGGAAUGCAUUGAUCAGCGAUCCAAACACGGUGGUCAUCGACGUUCGCAACUCCUAUGAAACCAGAAUCGGAAAAUUCAAAGGAGCAAUUGAUCCUUGUACAACGGCAUUUAGAGAAUUUCCUUCUUGGGUGGAAGAUAGUUUUCAACUGGCCGGUACAGACAGCCUUCCAUCACAGGAGGUGCAGGAAAACAAUAGAAGUGAAAGCAAAGAGGAAACUGAAGGAUGUAAGUCUCCACCUCGGGUUGCCAUGUAUUGCACUGGUGGGAUUCGGUGCGAGAAAGCUUCUAGUUAUCUCUUAAGUAAGGGUUUCAAAGAGGUUUAUCAUUUGAGAGGGGGGAUACUAAAAUAUCUGGAGGAAGUUCCACAACCGGAGAGUUUAUGGGAGGGAGAAUGCUUUGUCUUUGAUAAGAGAGUGUCGGUGGAUCAUGGGUUAGCCCAAGGCACUUUCAAACUCUGUUAUGGGUGCAAGCAACCAGUGAGUGAUGCUGAUAUGGAAUCCCCUGAGUUUGAGUACGCGGUUUCAUGUCCAUAUUGUUUCUCAACAAAAUCCGAGGAAGAGAAAGAGAGAGCACGAGCUCGACAGAGACAAUUUGAGGUUUGGGGUGUCAUCGGUGGUCCUGACAAGGGUCGUCGACCUGCACAAAGUAUAAACGAGCCACAAAAUGGUGAUAGUUCUCAGCUGUCAAAAUCAGUUUAGGUUAUGUGGAGUGAAGAAGGCGUGUUGUUUGGUUUCCUUUUCAUUCAUCUUUCAAUUUUAUAAUAGCAAUUUAGUCUGCUCGGAACAGUAAGCAAUAGUUUGUCUGCUUGUUGAAUCAGACAAGUAAGUUUGAAGUGUAACAAUGAAGUUGAAAGCACAGUUUUCUCCAAAAGGAAGGGUGUUUGACGGUUAUUCUUCAUUUUGGAAGGAUACUAACAUUUUGACCUAGUCAAAUUGUGUUUGCAUUUUGGACUUUUACAA